AUGUCUGACCCAACUUGGCGAAAUGCAAUAAACAACAACCCGAUACAACAAAGUAUUCGUCAAUUUCUUAACAAAUUUCCAUUGAAAACGUACCGAACUCUACAUAGACCACGAGAACUUGAUUGCUCAAAGUUAUAUAUAUGGGGAUCAACGAAAACUUCUUUAGACCAGGAAUGUGUAAAGUGGCAGGUUUAUUUGAAAUUUAGUAAAUAUGAUUUCGAAAACGAGACUUCUAAUGAACCGUUAAUGUCUCCCUCGGGAAAACUUCCAUUCUUAGUAUUAACCACUGGUGAGAAUCUUGUGAAUGAUGCCAUAGAGAGAUAUAUCUCUGAUAGGUAUUCUGCAAAUUUUGGAAGUUUAAGUAAUGAACAACAAGCAGAUUCACAAGCGUAUAUUGCAUUGGCAGAUACAAAGUUACGAAAUGCCUUGGUAAAUACACAUAAAAUUUAUGUUAGUCAUUAUUCGAAUCCAUUAGAUAAGAUACUGUUUCAUCAGAAUAAAAAUCUAGCAAUCAAGGAAUUAUUAACAAGAAAGCCAGUGUUAAAUGGUGAAGAAAUAUAUCAAGAAGCAGCUGAAGCAUUACAAUCAAUUUCAGUUGCUUUGGGAGAUAAAGAUUUCUUUUUUGGAAGUUUGCCUACCUUUAUUGAUGCAAUUAUUUUUUCAUAUACUCAUGUAAUGUUGGCUAUCAAAACUAAAGAACUUACAGAGUUGGUGCAAAAACAUUCGAAUCUUAUCAAAUUUUAUAAAAGAAUAAAUAAUGAUUAUUUUUCAUUAGAAUUUUAA